AUGGAGAAAGAAGAUCUCUUGACCCCAUUUCUUCAGUGGUACAGAGCACAAAAUCCCUGUGGGAUGUUGGUGGAAUUUGGUUGCCGUAAGAACUCAUUUGGAACAAGACUGGACCCCAAAACUUGUGAUGUUGAAUUAUUAGUGAAAUUCAUGAUCCAACAGCAGCCUGUGAUACAAAGAACAAGUUCAUUGAAGCCAUGGAUGGUCGCUCUAAUUGUUACAGCAGUUGUGUUGGUUCUGGCAAUAAUUAUUGGUCUUCUUGUUUAUUUUUUAGUAUUUGAUCAGAAGACUCACUAUUACCGAACUUCUUUUCAGAUCCCUAGUAUUGAAUAUAAUCCUGAUUAUUCAUUAGAACACUCAAAAAUUAGGAAUGACUUAGAACAAAAAAUCAAUGAUGAGAUGGAUAAUAUAUUUAAAAGUUCCAGCUUAAGUCAUCAUUACAUCAAUGCUCAUGCUUUCAACAUUAGGUCAAGUAAUGAUGGCUUGAAAGCAGAUGUACUGCUUAAAUUUCAGUUUGUUUCUGGUAAUGCAGAUACCAUAAAAAGUCAAGCUGAUAAAAUUUUGCAUCAGAGUUUGAAAUUAGAUGAAAGCUUUUUGAAGAUAGAUGAGUCAUUGCCUCAUCUUAGAGAUGUGAAUGAAGAACACGCAGAACACAUUUUGAACAGGAGCUGUGGUCUAGGGAAGGAGCUUCCAUCCAUGGAUAGAAUUGCGGAUGGUAGAAUUGCAAGGAAAACUGACUGGCCAUGGCAAGCCAGCCUGCAGAUGGACGGCAUUCACUUCUGUGGCGCAUCUUUGAUCGGUGACGAAUGGCUCCUCACUGCGGCUCACUGUUUUGACACGUACAAAAACCCAAAGCUCUGGACAGCUAGUUUUGGAACAAGACUGAGCCCUGCCCUGAUGAGACGAAACGUGCAGUCAAUUGUUGUCCAUGAAAACUACGCCGCCCACAAGCACGACGACGACAUUGCCGUGGUGAGGCUCUCCACCCCCGUUACCUUUUCCAAAGACGUCCGCAAAGUCUGUCUCCCGGAUGCCACUUUUGAAGCCAGGCCCAAAAGUGAGGUGUUUGUCACGGGAUGGGGAGCAUUAAAAGCAAAUGGUCCCUUCCCCAAUACUUUGCGAGAGGUUGAAAUAGAGAUCAUAAGUAAUGAUGAAUGUAAUCAGGGUAACGUAUAUGGUGGCGCUGUGUCAUCAGGAAUGCUAUGUGCUGGUUUCCUGUCAGGAAAACAUGAUGCCUGUGAGGGUGAUUCUGGAGGUCCUCUGGUUAUUGCACAAGACACAAAUAUCUGGUAUGUUAUUGGAAUCGUCAGCUGGGGAAUAGACUGUGGAAAAGAAAACAAGCCUGGAAUCUAUACCAAAGUCACUCGUUACCGGGACUGGAUUAAAUCUAAAACUAACAUCUGAAGCAACUGCAAGCUCCACAUACAAAAUUUAAAUGUCAUGUGUGGUCACUAGCAAAGUUUGUUUAGUGUUUGCUUUCUUGCCAUAAGAUCAAAGCCUGAAGUGCUUUACAAGGACCAUACAAGAUAUCAUCCAAUUCCAGAACAUCGCAGCCAAGAGUUUCCGAUCACUGUCUUGCCCA